CUGAAGUGAUUGGUCGCUGCGUUCGCGGCACUUCGCGUUCUGAAUUUAAAAUAGUCGUGAUCGCGUUUUCUGUGAAAGACAAAGACCCUGUGGCUUAUGUUGAGUUCGGUUUGUGAAAUACUUUUAUAAGCUGUGGUCAAUGCUGAAUGAAGCUGAACACAAAAUGAUUAUCAUGGGAAAAUAAUCGUGAUUACAGUAGUCCACUAUGCCUUAAUGACCUGAACCUAGAAACACUAGUCCGCUAACUCAAUCAGUGAAUUGCGUCCAUCAAACGGGAACAUGAAAUUACUUUUAGUAAUUAUGACCCAUUCGAUGAUGCGAACGAAUUUAGAAUAUUGUGAUCUAUUGCUUAUAAGCACGACAAUAUGAAAAUAAAACCGUAUCCAGGAAAAGUGGUCAUGGAGGACCCGUGGCUUUCUAUAAAUGACAGGACGAUGGACCUGGUGUACGCCGCCAACUGGGUCGGAGCAAGGAAUCUCAGUGAAUACAGGGAACAUAGUAACUCACCACCAAAAUCUCAAUUUAAUUCUAUAACACGCAGCGAGUCGUGUAGAAAUAUUGGCCGUAAUGCUGAAAAUGGCAACAAAGAAUACUCAAUAGAAAACAAUGGAUACUCUUAUACGAAUAAUGUUCCUAAUGAAAAUAUCUCUCAAUUAGCCAAGUAUCAACAAAAUAUAGAGGAAAAGGCUAGAGCGAACAAUAAUCUCAUCAUGCAGAAUAAGUUAAAACACAGUUAUAGUUUUAAAGAUAUGCCUAAUGGAUAUAGACCAUCAACGUUGAAAAGGGUGAAACGAAGAAAUUUUACGGAAUGGGAUAUUGAAUCGUUUCCGUCUAAUGGUAAAUCACCGCCUGUUCCACCACAACGCAAAGAUUCCCUAAAAUAUGCACAUCGGCAGAGAAAGAUUGACAAGAAACAUCCACUACCAGAUCCAGGCCCUGUACCUCCAGACCCGUCAUCAGAAUCGUACUACGAAUAUUAUUCAAGAGUUAGUCAACAAGAUAAUAAUACUGAUAGCCAAAAACUAAAUCAGUUACAAAAAGAUUCCAGUAAGGAUACGAAACAAAACGGAACGGGAACUGUCAGAGGUUUUAGCAACGACACAAUGUACCAAUUAAUAAACUCGAUGGCAACAUUAGAUUUAACACCAAUAAAAUCCGGAAAAGAGAACGCGGAUUGCGAAGCGGAAGAUUUGGGCAUAUACAUGCGACCUAUAACGGCUCAGCAUCCGCAAACAAUCACUUGA